AUGGACACGGUGCAAGUGCUGCCUCGCGCCCAGCGCGCAUCGAUCGACUCCAAAUCGUCCAAGAAGACGUCGGAUCUGGUCACCAAGACGUCGGAUCUCGAUGCACUGAGCCAAUCGGAGAAGAGCGUGGCAGCUGGACCUUCCAUCGCAAAGCAGCUCGAAGGUCAAGGCGAAGUGCAGUUGGACUACUCUGGCUUUGCUCAGAAGACUGACCCAAAGGAAAAGGCGCUGGUACGCAAGAUGGACGUACGCAUCAUGAUCAGUCUGUGGAGCCUUUACAUUCUCAACUACUUGGACAGGUAAGUCUUGAUGCCGACCCCAGCGCGGCCUUGUGGCAGGGACAUGGGUCAGCUCACGCUCAUCUGCCUACUCUUUCAGAAACGCCAUCGCUCUUGCUCGCUUGAAUGACCUGGAAGAAGAUCUCGGCAUGACGGACACUCAGUAUCAGCUCGCCGUCUCCAUCCUCUUCAUCGGCUACGUGCUAUUCGGCAUUCCUUCCAACAUGAUCGUCAGCCGAAUGAAGAAAAAUGUUCCCACUUUCAUGGUGGGCACCAUGAUGCUCUGGGCCGUGCUCAGUAUCUGCACAGCUUUCGUCAAGAAUGCAGCAGGUCUCUACGCCGUCCGCUUCUUCUUGGGUGUUGUCGAGGGUGAGCGGCCUUUCUAGACUGGCCUUUGCAUGGCUGCAUUGCACCGCCAGUCACGAGUGAAUUGCUGCUCAUGCAUGCCCGCCCCUGCCUACUUCUCUUCACAGCUCCCUACUACCCCGCAGCCCUCUUCGUGUUGAGUCAAUUCUACACGCGUACGGAGCUGGCUACGCGCAUCAGCAUUCUGUACACCGGCAAUGUUCUCGCCACUGCCUUUGCUGGUCUGAUCGCCGCAGCAGUCUUUGAAAUGGACGGCUUGAUGGGCUAUGCAGGCUGGAAAUGGUUGUUCAUCAUCCAAGGCAGCAUCACUGGCGUAGUCGCUCUGUGCGCUUGGCCAUGGCUGCCCGCAACACCCAGCACCACUCGCUGGCUGAACCCCGAGGAGCGCGAGCUCGCGGCUUCGCGCAUGCUGCGCGACAAGGUCGACGAAGGCCCAGAAGGUACGGCGUUGGAUGGUCUAAAGCAAGCGGUCAAGGAUCCUCGCGCUUGGGUCUUUGUUCUCAUGCAAACGCUCCACCUCGCCGCAAAUGGCUUCAAGAACUUUUUCCCAUCCGUCGUGCAGACGCUGGGCUUUGGACGAACCAUCACCUUGGUGCUCACCUGCCCACCUUACCUCAUAGCCGCUGCCGUCUCCGUCGCCUUUUCCAUCUCUUCGGGCAGAAUGAAUGAACGGUGAGUUUUGCAAGGCGUGUGGGCGAAAUCGACCGCGUCUUGGAGGCCACCAGCUUACGGUCGACGAUGCUUUGCAACUCAGCACUUGGCACUUGACCGCCUGCAAGACCAUCGCGACCAUCGGCUUCGUGACUGCUGCAGCCACGCUCAACACUGCUGGUCGUUACGUCGCUAUGAUCAUCUUCUGCUCGGGCACCUACGUAGCCAACUCGAUCAUUCUAGGCUGGGCCUCUACAGUAUGCAAUCAGACGAAGGAGAAGAAAGCGGUAGUCAUCUCCAUGAUGGUCUCUGCCUCCAAUGCCAGUUUCAUCUACACGCCAUUCUUGUUUCGAGAUCAGGACAAACCUAGAUACGCAUUGGCCAUGGGCGCCAUGGCUGGUUUCAGCAUACUCUGCGCAGCCACGGCUUGGUCCAUGAAAUUCAUUCUCAUCAAGCAGAACAGGACCUUGGAUGCGACCACGCGCUAUCCUUACUAG